AUGGCGGGAGUGUACUCAAAAGAGCGGAAACGAAAACUUGAGGAUGAAAACCGUGCAUUUCAAGCUGAGUGGGAGGGAGAUUUCUUUUUUACAAAAGGUAAGAAAGAAGGAACUGCCCUAUGUCGUGAAACGGCACAUGGAAACAAACGUUAUAAUUUGAACAGACACUACACUUCAAUUCAUUCACAGUUUGAAGAAAAAUUCUCGAAAAAAUCUAAGAUCCGAGAGGAAAAAUUGCAAUCAUUGAAAAAGUCCUUUGCUUGUGAACGUAGUACCCUUUUAAAUGCAAUGAACAAGAAUGAGCUUACUACAAAAGCAUCCUACCAAGUAACAGAAAUUUUAGCACAAACGAUGAAGCCGUUUUCUGAUGCAGAAAUUGUAAAAGAGUGUGUUGUCACCGUUUGUAAAACUUUGUUUUCACACUUACCUAAUAGUAAGCAAAUAUUAGAUGCAGUUUCUAAACUUCAGCUGUCUGACUCAACUUGCAUGAGACGGUCACAAGACUUAGCAGCAAAUAUUGCACUUAACAUUACCGAUGAACUUCAGCAAAGCAAAUGUUUUAGUCUUGCACUCGAUUCAUCCACUGACAUAACGUCAAUUUCUCAAUUACUAUUGUUCGUUAAAUAUGUAUCCAAGGAUUUUGUUGUUAAAGAAAAUUUUUUGGGCAUGAUUCCCAUGACUGGACAAACUCGAGGUGUUGAUUAUUUGAACACAAUAGUAAAUUUUUUUAAAGAGAAUUUGAAAAAGGUUUUUUCUGUGUGUACUGAUGGUUGCCCAUCAAUGUUAGGCCGGAAUAUAGGGUUCGUUCAGUUGUUGAAAAAACAUUUGGAAAACGAUAAUUUAUUAAGCUUUCAUUGUAUUAUACACCAAGAAAGCUUAGCUGUUAAAUUUAGUGAAAAUUUCAGCUGUGUUAUGAAACAAGUUGUAAAGAUCGUGAAUUUUAUAAGGUCAAAUGAACUGAACCACAGAACGUUCCAAGAGUUUUUGAAAGAACUUAUAUCACAAUACGGGGACGUGCUUUACCAUACAGAAGUGAGAUGGCUGAGUAAGGGUAAAGUUUUGGAACGUUUCUUCAGUAUUCGUCAUGAGAUUACUCUGUUUUUAGUUACAAAGGAAAAAGAGUAUCCUGAUGUUUAUGAUUUUAGUUGGUGGCUCAAAGUAGCGUUUCUCACUGAUACAAUGGGCAUUAUGAAUGAAACACUGACUCGAUUGCAAGGACACUACAAUAACAUUGUAACGAAAAUGAUUAGUAUUGUGUUUUCACAGGAACAAAAACUCUAUAUGUAUAUCGAAGAAUUGUCAAACAGUGAUUAUUUCAGCUUUCCUUCUGUUAAAACUUUGUUUGAUGAAAAUCCAGAUGAAAGUCAAGAUUUUUCUGAUUUAAUAAAGCUGUUGACAGAUCUAAAGAACGAAAUGUCUUUGAGGUUUAGUGAUUUUAGGAAGUAUCAAGAACCAUUUCGCUUGGUGGAAAACCCAUGGUCAAUUACAACAGUAAAUAUAGCUCAUCUUUCUGUUUUUGGAUACGAAGCUAGGGAUUUGAAAAAUGAGUUAAUUGAUCUUCAGCAUGAUACGGAGCUCAAAAGUGUUUUUGAAGAAAAAAAGAAGAAUAAUGCUCACUACGAAUUCUGGAAAGCAGUUGAAAAGGACAAAUUUCCUAACUUAAUUGACUGUACUCAGAAGAUUUUGUGUGUUUUUGCAUCUACGUAUGUCUGUGAAUCUACAUUCAGUAAGCUGAAAUUCAUAAAAAACAAGUACAGAUCCAGGUUAACAAGUGAGAACGUUGACAACAUUUUGAGAAUUUCAGUUUCUUCUCAACCUGCAACAUAG